CAAAAUCAAAAGGGCUGAAACGUUCAAAGGGUUCCGCCCGUUGGGUUUAAACGGAUGGGUUUGCCCACAAACAAACACACACAUUUUAAACAAAAUUCUUUCUUGUAAAUUUCCUUCACAAACGUCCCAUUUCGUUUUUCCCAACGACGUGACCUUAUCCCGGCUAGGGAAGGUGUAAGGCGCAUACAAAAGCGCAAUGACCUCCCCACCUCUGCCUCCAAAGACGACCCUCUACGGUUCCCCUCCGUCAGCAGCAGCAACCUACUCGAAUCCCUCCAUUGCACCUUCACAACGCACAACGAGUAAACUACUACAAAAAUGGGACUCUGUGACAUGGGCUCAAGUUGCAGUGACAUUGUCCGUGUUGCAGGGGAUCAUCAUUUCGUGUUUGGAGUUUUAUGUGAUUGCCAAAGUCAAUGACUUUUUGGAUGAUGCUUUUACGGAAAAGUUGUCAUUGCCUAUUGUCAAUGUGUACUUUGCGCUCUUUAUUGUUGCGUUGGUCUUUCAAGCUGUGCUAACCUAUGAAGCGACAAUACACAAAAACACAAUGCAAACGAUCGCCGUGGUCGUUUUCAAUAUUGCUUCACUGGGAUAUUCCGUCAUCCAGAUUAACCAAAUCAAUGACCUGCGCCGGUGUUCGGAGCAAUGGAUCAAAUACUGGAACGACUAUGCGAGAGCAUCAGGCCCGGAAGAUGCAACACGAAUCUACUACUCAACCUACGUCCCAGAGAACUCGGAAUGCAGAGCACGUCCGUACGGACUGAACCCAAAGUCAUCCAACACGACACAAGUGUGGAGUGAUGCACAGAAAGAGCCGAUUGAAGUUCCGAUUGUUUAUGAUAUGCGGGACCAAGUGCAGCAUGUUCAGAAUGCGCUGGAUGCUCUGAAACCAGUGGAUUCGGUCACGUACGCCAUUAUUGCCUUGAUGGUGAUUGUGGUUGUGUUGUCGUGUUUUGUUGCGUACAAGGUGUACCAAGAGUAUGGUUGGCGGAUUUUCCAAGCGCAGGGCGCGAGUAUUCAAAAGAAACAAAUGUUACGUCGUGUACACUUGUUCAUCCUCUUUCUCAAGCUGAAUGUGUACUUUUCCAUCGGGAUCGUAGCCCAAGUCGUAACCGCGACCAUUUAUUUCCAAAAAAGUAGCGCCCCCGACUGUCAACGAGACACUGUCGACUGUUUCCGGCGCAGUGAACGCGUCAAGUACAUUGUUUUGCCCUCUAUGGUCAUCUUUGGUGUAGCGGCUCUUACGUACUAUGCUCUUGGAUGGUUUGCGAUACGCCGGACGCAUCGGGGAGCCAUGUACACUUUUUUGGGAGUGUAUCUUGCCAAUAUCGGAGCACUUGUAUACGUUAUUGGAUUUUUUAGUCAAAAUGAGGAGACACAAGCUACCCGCAAGUGGUUACUGUCGUUUGCGAGUAUUCAGCUUGUCCUCAACUUGCUGACAAUCGCGAACGCCGUAUGGUGUCUCACGGACUUUGACAAAGGGUUAGGUGAUGUUGUGAUUACACGAAAGGAUAUGGAAAUGGCGGCGGCCAAGCCCCGUCCACGCUUAGAAUUGGAUUAAAGUGCGAAUAUGAACAAACGGACGCUGAAACAAUUACUAGUACUUGAAAUCAAAAGUUGGGAAAAAGAAAAAACAAUACGUGUAUUAGUUUUUCUUUAUUGCCGGUUUGUGUGUUUUUCUUACAUAGCCUUGUGUUUUUUUGCCCUCCCCUACCCCUCACACACAUUUUUUCCUCGUGUAUUGGAUUUCCCUUUGUCUGGUGGUAGUUUUGCUGUUUACAUUUUUUGUAUGUAGCCUCUUGAUGUCUUGAUAUGCAAAUUAUACUAUAAUAUAUCAUUCAAUUGCAAUCAUAAUA